AAAAAAAAUUAUCUUGUUGAAGAACACCUUGGACUUCUUCCUGGCGUCGACUUGCAUUUUGCACCUAUUCAAUUCGUUCAGUUCUAUAUAACCAGCCAUGUCGGACACCGUCGUAUCCCAAGUUCAAUUGUUUAAGAAUCACUUCAUAGCCGGAGCAGUCAGUCUGUCGUUUUCUUACUCAUGCAUGCACCCUCUCGAUACCAUUAAGACUCGAAUCCAAGCCAAUACAUCGUCCAGCAGCCUUAGAGCGGUCUUUACUCGAGAGACCGCACGAUCUCUCGGAAAGGGAUUUUUUGCCAGUGUAGUGGGAGCAGCUGGUCAAGGUGGUGCUCGAUUCAGUACCUAUGAAUACUGCAAGAGCCACUUGCUGCCAAAGAAGGGACAGGCUGCUUCAGUCGGUCAGCUUGGUGUGAUUCCUGCCACGGCCCUUUCAGCGGUGAUUGGAGAUUUAGCGUCAAGCGUGGUCAAAGUUCCUCGCGAAGUGGUUACAGCCAAAUUACAAACCGACUACUACGCCAAUUUCUCACAAAAACCUACCACUGGAUUUGUGAUUCGCCAAACCUUGCUGGAAGAAGGCCCCCGUGGUCUUUUCAAGGGCUUCUGGGCUAUUGCGGCUAGAGACAGUCCGUUCAUGGUCAUUUUGCUGGUGUCUUACGAAAACUUCAAGGCCCUGCAUCAUCGAUCAGUCAAACGCGAUUUGUUGGAUCGAGUCAAGCGAAACCACCCUCACGUCGUCGCCACUGCCGCCUUGGAAGAUAUUGAAAUCGACAUCCCCACCUUUAAAUCUAUCAUGUUCGGCGGAGUUUCAGGUUUCUUGGCUGGUUAUUUCACCACACCUAUGGAUGUUUUGCGAACCAAAAUGAUUACCAACAAACGGGUUGCUGGCGUUGCUGCGCCAGUCACCGUCAUGCAAACCGCUCGAACUAUGUUGGAUGCCGCAAUGGAAACCAAGUCAACGGUCGGAAAGGUGAAGCGAGUAUUUGGCUCCUUCUUCUCCGGUGCUAUUCCUCGCUCUUUGUGGUGGUUUGGUAUUUGUGGUAUUUUCUUCCCUGGCUACGAAUCUCUGAAAAGUAUCAUGGAUCCAGUCUCUGAUGAAGUCAAAGCUCAACGCCAACGUGAGCAAGAGCGAGUCUUGCGUAGCCUGGUCGAACAGCGAUCCAUAUAGAAUUUUAUCCCCCUCUACUCAUAUUUUUUUGUCCUCUUCCGCCAUUGUACAGUAUUCACACCCCCCUUUUAAGCCAUAUUGGUUUUUAUAUAAAAGCACCCCCAGCAUCUGAUUUUAUUAACGCAACA